CCGCUGUGGGAUCGUCAUGUGAUCUAAUCCGUCUUAUUCAUUAACCACGAUCUUCGCUCUCUAUUCUGACUGACAUGUCUCAAGUCCCAGAGUUCAUUACGAUCCCAGCCAAGUCCAAUCACAGCGCGACCGUGAUUCUUAUCCAUGGAUUGGGAAGCAAUGCCAACGAGAUGAAAACUAUCGCGGAAGACCUUGCCACUGAUCCGGGAUUGGAUCACAUCAAGUGGUUGAUGCCUCAGGCCUCCCUCCGACCGAGUACUCGUCUCGGUGGACGAGUAGUACCAGCUUGGUACGACAGUAGGUUGGGUCCAGAUGACGAGGAGGGGAUCUUGGAAUCAGUAGAACCACUGUGUAACAUUGUUCGUCAAGCACAAGAAGAGGGAGAGAAGAGGGUUGUACUAGGCGGGUUCAGCCAAGGAGCGAAUAUGUCACUUUUUAUCGGCGCCACCAAGAGGGACUUGAAACUCUCUGGCAUAGUGAUGCUCAGCGGAAGGAUGUUGAUUCCAGAGAAGUUAGUCGAAAACAUAGCUCCAGAUGCGAAGGAUAUACCCAUGUUCAUUGCGCAUGGGACGGACGACAAGGUGAUAGGCCUGCAAACGAACAGAAAGUGCGUGGAUGCGCUGAAGGCCGCAGGAUUCGUGCUCAGGGAUAGUACGGAUGAAGUUGGAGGAAUUUCGUACUAUGUCUAUGAAGGAAUGGGACAUUCUGUGGACAUGCAGGAGAUGGAUGAUUUGAAGGAUUGGUUAAAGAAGAAUAUAUCAUCGGAUUAGUAGGCUCUUCGUCAAAGAUAGAGAUGAAGCACAAUAUCCGGCGGUUAUGAUGCAUGGUAUCAUACCUUCUCUUACGCCUGUUCCUCUGGUUCUCUAGCCAUCCCAUAUAUGGUUAUUCCUCCUGGUCCUUCAUGUCGUAGCUAGUGACGAUUGCGCAUACGACGGUGAUGUGACGACAACUCUGGCUUUGAACGCUCUUCGUGUGUUACGGCCCACGAGGCAAGGCUGGUUACGGAAUGACGUAUGUCUCGGCAAAUGCCGUGUGGCAGUACUC